AUGUUCUCCUCCGCGCUCAAGUCCAUCUCCGCCACAAACAUCACCGCAAACUAUUCCGUGUCGCCGAGCCCGACCUCGACGGCCGGCCCGUGGAAGAUAUACGAUGCCAAGAAGAAGUCGACGGGCAAGGCAUACAGCGUCUUUGUCUUUGACAAGAGAUCGCUCGAGAGCCAUGGCAACUCGCUCGGCCGCUCGGCCGCUUCGUCUUUCAAGCGGAGCGCCGAAGAGGUUGUUGAGCGCCUCAAGAAGGAGGCCUCUAGCCUGGCCAAGCUGAGGCAUCCCAGCAUACUCGAGCUCGUCGAACCCGUCGAGGAGACAAGGGGGGGUGGUCUGCAAUUCGUCACCGAGCCCGUCACCGCGUCGCUGGCGAGCGUCUUGCAGGAAAAGAAUGAUCGCGAGAACUCCAGUGGCCGGUCGAGUCGCUACGUUACCGAAGACGCCGACGGCGUGCGGCGGCGAAGAGAAGUCGAGAUUGACGAACUCGAGAUCCAGAAAGGCCUCCUGCAGCUCAGCAAGGCGCUCGAGUUCUUACACGACAAUGCCGGGCUCGUCCAUGGCAAUUUGACCCCCGAAGCCAUUCUCAUAAACUCAAAGUCUGACUGGAAGAUAAGUGGGCUGUCCUUUUGCAGUCCCGCCGAAAACUCGACCAAGCCGACCUCAAUUCAAGGCAUCAACCUGCACGAAGUCCUCAACAUGGAUCCGAGGCUUCCCGGUUUCGUCCAGCUAAACCUCGACUACACUUCUCCCGACUUCGUCCUGGACAAUAGCCUGACGCCUUCAGCAGACAUGUUCUCGCUUGGCCUGCUGUCUGUCGCACUCUACAACUCUCCCCAUCGGUCGCCCCUGGAAAGCCACAGCAGCCUCUCUUCUUACAAGAGACUCUUUUCCUCCUCGUCUACCACGCCCUCGCCAUCCAACAGCUUCCUCUCCUCGCGCCCGCUGCCCAAGGAACUCUCCAACGACGUCUUGCCGCGGCUCAUCACCAGACGGCCUGCUCAACGAAUGACUGCCCGGGAGUUUCAGCAGAGCGAGUACUUUGACAACGUCCUUGUGUCGACGAUCCGAUUUCUUGAUUCAUUUCCAGCCAAGACUCCAAAUGAAAAGUCGCAGUUUAUGCGAGGCCUUAAUAAGGUUUUGCCGUCAUUCCCAAAGUCUGUCAUGGAAAAGAAGAUUCUGCCAGCGUUGCUCGAGGAGCUCAAGGACCGGGACUUGCUUUCAUUGAUUCUCCAGAACGUUUUCAAGAUAAUCGAGCUGCUUCCUUCGGCUCGGCGGGCUUUCGGUGAGAAAGUUCGACCCGCCCUGAAAACCAUCUUUGUGGUGAACGCGAAGCAAGGUCAGGAGAAAGACCCGGCCAGGGACGCCGGGCUCAUGGUCUUUCUCGAGCAUCUCCCUGCAGCAGCAGAAAACAGCUCUGGCAAGGAGUUCAAGGAUGACAUCUUGCCCGUCAUCAUGGCAGCGAUAGAGUGUCCCACUCACGCCAUCGUGGACGCUGCCCUGAGAACCCUGCCCGCAGUGCUUCCUGUGCUCGACUUUACCACCAUCAAGAACGAACUCUUCCCGGUCGUCGCCAUGGUGUUCAGCAAGACCAACAGCCUUGCCAUCAAGGUUCGCGGCCUGCAAGCUUUUGUCGUGCUCUGCGGCGGCUCGACGGAAGCCGCAGUUGACGAUGGGCUGAAUGGGCUUGCAACGGAGAAAAAGACUUCCUCGUCCAGCGCUUUGGACAAGUACACGAUGCAGGAGAAGAUUGUGCCCUUGGUCAAGGCAAUCAGGACAAAGGAGCCGGCAGUCAUGAUUGCCGCUCUAAAUGUCCUUCGCAUUGUCGGACAGAUAGCUGACGCCGAGUUUGUGGCCAUGGAGAUCCUACCGGUGCUCUGGAGCAUGAGCCUGGGCCCAUUGCUCGAUCUUAAGCAAUUUCAAGCGUUCAUGGAGCUCAUUAAGAGCCUGUCGAGGCGAGUAGAGGAUGAGCAAGUUCGGAAACUUCAGGAGACAACCGGCAUGUCCAACGGGUCGACAGCGGGCCCUAACGAGGACUUCCUUGCCUUUGGCGGCGUGACGGGGACCGCCUUCGAGCCGAGCAACGGGACUGACGAGAACGACUUUGAGGCGCUCGUCAAAGGCAGAGCGGAUGGCAGCGGCGGUGGCGGAUCGUCUGGCAACGGCUUCAUGGGGUGGGACGAAACACCUUCUGCCGCGUCGCCCGCGACCAGCAAGUCGCCGUCGAGCACGCCUCAAACACCGGCAUUUGCCUGGUCCACGCAGAGCACGGCAAGUCCCGCCGCUGGCUCGAGCAGCAGAGCACAGGGUCAGGGGCCGGGCUUCCGCACGUUCAGCCAGCCACUGCAGCCGACACAGUCAAGCUUCCAGCCACCGCCUCGUCCCGCCGUCCCCAGCAGCGGCAGCACCUCGUCCUCCAUCAACUGGUCGUCGACCCCCGCCUCCACAGUCAACCCUUACACCGCUAGCAGCCCCAAUGCCAUACAGGCUCCCGGCAGCUUCGCGUUUGGGGGCAGCGGCAUGGCGGCGGCUGCGUCCCCGAGUAUGUCGUUUGGCCAGAGGCCGGCGGCGGGCGCUUCGCCCAACUCGUCCUUUUCGCUGCCGCCUCCUCCGGGCGGCGUCGCGCAAAGCAGCAACGGCGCCCCCGGCUUGAGCAUCAGGCCGGCCCCCGCACCGGUAGCGCAAACGGGCUGGAACAUGGGUGGCGCCGGCGCCGGCAUGGCGAGCCAUCAAGCCAAAAGCCCCAGGUCGGGGCUGGACAAGUACGAGAGUCUGAUUUGA